AUGUCCCUCGUCGGCACCCUCCGCCGCUUCAUCGGCACUCGCGCCGCCUCGACCGUCACCGCCGCUCAGGCUACGCCGGCCGCUCCCCCUGCCCCCGAGGCUGCUCCGUCGAUUGAGGAGCUCCGACAGCGUGCCAAGCGCGUCUACAAGGAGGUGAGUAGACUCGCUACCGACCCGAGCGUAUGGAAAGCUUCUCUGCUUGCCGUGCAAGCCACUUUACUUCAUCGCGACGCGUCGAGCACCAGUUGCACUUCCAUCACCAUAACUGACCAUCAGCUUCACCGCCUUGGACGCGACUACCCCGACGAGAACUAUAACUUCAACAUGCGUCUCCGCCGGGCCUUUGAGAUGGUGAAGCCUACGCAGCGAAGCCGAAGCUUUUGCAACGCUCGAGCUACGGUCAGGCCGCCUACCCUCGUCCUCUCCGAAUGUGUCCGAAACGCUCGCUCCACCAGCCUUACCCAACUGAUAAGGAAUCGCGCUAACGGACCAGAGAACAAGAACAUCGACGACCCCGUCAAGCUCAAGCAGCAGCUCGAGCUCGCGGAGCACAUCAAGAAGGAGAUCCUCGCCAUGUACUCUAUCCGCAAGUACCGCGGCAUCCGCUCAAGGUACUACAGCCACGAGGCUCCUCGUGAGCUCCCCGACCACUUCCACCAGAAGCUUUAG